AUGUACUCGGCGCGCCGGAUUUUCAUCGCUGGGACGGAUGCUGAUCUGGACGAUGACGCUGAUUUAAAUGACCUUGCAAGUCAUACCCGGCACCUGAAUCUCGCUUUAUCGCCAGCGCUGGACGUUCUUAGUGCUGAAACUCGAGAGAAAAUCCGUCGAUUGCAGCAGUUGCAGGGUUGGGCUUCUACCGCACUUGAAAGGCAUGAUGCUGGAAUUACAAGAAGCAGGCAGCCGCUUCCUGCAGCUAAAAUUCUUGAAGAGGUAAAACUCUCCUUUUAA